GUCUCCGUGGCCGCGCGCCGUGCCGCAGGUGGCAGCGAUGGCCCAGUCCUGAGCGCCCCACCAUGGCCGGCGCCCCCGGGCCGCUCCGCCUGGCGCUGCUGCUGCUCGGGGCGGUGGGCAGGGCCGGCCCCCGCCCCCAGGGCGCCACGGUGUCCCUCUCAGAAACAGUGCAGAAAUGGCGUGAAUACCGACGCCAGUGCCAGCGCUUCCUGACUGAGGCUCCACCCCCUGCCACAGGCCUGUUCUGCAACCGGACUUUUGACGACUACGCCUGCUGGCCAGAUGGCCCUCCGGGCUCCUUUGUGAAUGUCAGCUGUCCCUGGUACCUGCCCUGGGCCAGCAGCGUGUUGCAGGGUCACGUGUACCGGUUCUGCACGGCUGACGGCCUGUGGCUGCACAAGGACAACUCCAGCCUGCCCUGGAGGGACCUGUCCGAGUGUGAGGAGUCCAAGCACGGGGACCGAAGCUCCCCGGAGGAGCAGCUCCUGUCCCUCUACGUCAUCUACACGGUGGGCUACGCCCUCUCCUUCUCCGCGCUGGUCAUCGCCUCGGCCAUCCUCCUGGGCUUCAGACACCUGCACUGUACCCGGAACUACAUCCACCUGAACCUCUUUGCAUCCUUCAUCCUUCGAGCACUGUCCGUCUUCAUUAAGGAUGCAGCCCUCAAGUGGAUGUACAGCACGGCCGCCCAGCAGCACCAGUGGGACGGCCUUCUCUCCUACCAGGACUCUCUGGGCUGCCGCCUGGUGUUCCUCCUCAUGCAGUACUGCGUGGCGGCCAACUACUUCUGGCUGCUGGUGGAGGGGGUGUACCUGUACACGCUGCUGGCCCUGUCCGUCUUCUCGGAGCAGCGCAUCUUCAGGCUCUACCUGAGCAUAGGCUGGGGUGUCCCCCUGCUGUUUGUCAUCCCCUGGGGCAUCGUCAAGUACCUCUUUGAGGACGAAGGCUGCUGGACCAGGAACUCAAACAUGAACUACUGGCUCAUCAUCCGGCUGCCCAUUCUUUUUGCCAUCGGGGUGAACUUCCUCAUCUUUGUCCGGGUCAUCUGCAUUGUGGUGUCCAAACUGAAGGCCAAUCUCAUGUGCAAGACGGACACCAAGUGCAGGCUUGCCAAGUCCACACUGACGCUCAUCCCGCUGCUGGGGACCCACGAGGUCAUCUUUGCCUUCGUGAUGGACGAGCACGCCCGGGGGAUGCUGCGCUUCAUCAAGCUGUUCACAGAGCUCUCCUUCACCUCCUUCCAGGGGCUGAUGGUGGCAAUCUUGUACUGCUUCGUCAACAACGAGGUCCAGAUGGAGUUUCGGAAGAGCUGGGAGCGCUGGCGGCUGGAGCACCUGCACAUCCAGAGGGACAGCAGCAUGAAGCCCUUCAAGUGUCCCACCAGCAGCCUAAGCUGCGGGGCCACGGUGGGCAGCAGUGUGUACUCAGCAUCCUGCCAGGCCUCCUGCAGCUAAGACUCUGGCACCUGCCCUUCUCGUGGUCUCGCUGCUGGCUGGGCAGCCACUGCAGGUGGGAGAGACCCUCCCGGGGAUGGGGGCAGUGGAGUGGGGUGGGGAGUGACACAGGCGCACACACAAACUUCCCCACUUCACUGCUUUCCCCUCCCACACCCAUCAGACGGGCAAAUGGGCAGCGCCUCCUGGGACCCGUGGACACAUUUUCUCCGAGGAGAAGCAGCCUGUUAAUUUAAUCACUGUGGCGGGAAGAGAGGGAAAAAAAAUUGCUGCUAAAAUGAGGAGGAUUUCUUCCUGUUAAGCCACAAGGCCCCUGGGGUUCCCCCAGACAGAGCAGCAAAUCAGCCCCAGACUCAAACUCAAGGUCAAUGGCUUAUUAGCGGGCUGGGUGCUUGCAAGCGGACGUGGUUCUGAAAGGGGCGGACUUCACCUCAGCCAAACCCGGAGCUUGGGCAGUGAGCCAACAGCGCCUGCCCCCGGUCGGGGUCACCACCCUGUUGGCCUCCUCAGGAAGGGACGCUGGACACACGUCCAGGUCGCAUGUUUCCCCCAUCUGGUCCCCUCAUCCCACCACCCAGCUUGUCUUUGAGGGGUGGGGCUUUCUAGAAAUGGCUGGGGGUGGUGUUGAAAAUGAACAUUGAGAAGGUGCCUGAAAGUUUUCUCUUCUGGAACCCACUUCCCUGGUAUUGGGGUUGCUUUGGGGCCUGCUCCCACCACGCCCAGGGAACCAGGUCAGGCCCACUUCCACGGAGCCCAGCCUGGGGAAUGAGCUCUGAUUUCUAUCCUAGAGGAGCUUGAGAAUCUUCUAGGGCUCACCUAGGGGACUCUAGGAAUGUCUACAUUGGGCGUGUAGAUUACAUAAUACUGUUGGCAACCCAGAGGGUCAGGAGAGAUGGCCCCCACCUCUCAAUGGAAAGGCUUUUCAUUCGUGAUCAGACGAUGCGUCUUGCGGGGAGUUUGGGUGCGCCCUCUAGCUUUAGGGCCUGUGACCAAGAAGAGCCUCUUCCAGGAAUCCCCGCUCCCACUGUCACCAUGGAGUCGGUUUCCCCAGCCCUUGGUUUUUUUCCCUUGCCAAUCCCCCUACUUGAGAGCUUGUAUAUACUUUAUUCAUCGGUCUUUACUGUGGCAAAUGCUCUGUAUGUGCAAAUGUGCGAUUCUGCUCUCUCCCAUCCAAUGGAAGUAAGCACCAAAUCAUGGUGGUGGCCGGGAUGCUGUUGGAGUGAGUGGGGUAGUUAUUGAUUUGACUCAUCCAUACUUUGAGCUAUUUAAUGUACGACCUGCCUCCAGUCUCGGCCCAUAACUAAUGAGCAUCUGAGAAGCUAGACAGGGAAAACCUAUCAAUCCUGCCACAGUCACGGUGGGAAGGCAGACACACAGCCCCCCUGCAGAGACCCAGACAAAGGGGGAAGAGCUGGAGGUUCACAGUUGAGUUCCUGGACGUAGAGGAAGUUUCCAGAGCAGGAGAGAACUCUUGGGAGUCUGGACCUCCUGGGAGGGCAGAGCAGGAGUCUUUGGGUGAAUCCCCUUAUGAAUGGAUCUUGUCUUCCCUUCUGCUUUUUGAGUAGUGGGGGGACCCUCCCUCAAAGCCUUGUGCCAGACACAUUCUCCUCUGCCCCUCAGAGAGGCAUGUGAUGUGCAGGCAAAAUCAUAAUGGGAUAUAAAACACAUCAAGCAGAAAAUUUCUUUUACUUCA